CUCCGGCUCCGGCGCGGGAGGAUAACGCCAGGUAGUUGGGAAGAGAUCGGAGACAAGUGUGGGAAGCCGUGGAGGACAUCAGCUUUUCCCCCUGGUCUUUCAGCGAAGUCGCCCCUCUGAGAUGAUGAGUUACUAUAUGGACACAACCAUCGGCAACGCAGCCCCUUAUCCUUUGCCUCGCCCUGGAGUGAUGAAACAAGGUGCUGGUGGCCCCUGCGAGGAUCCCUGGGUGACCUGCGACUUUCAGGCCACCUGCUGCCAGCCCAGGACGUGCUGCCCGCUCUGGGAUGAGCCCGCCACACAAGAGGUGCCCACUGGCCUGGAGCACUACAGCACGGAUAUGGAAUGUGCAGAUGUGCCUUUAUUAACUCCCAGCAGCAAAGAAAUGAUGUCUCAGGCAUUGAAAGCCACCUUCAGCGGCUUCGCGAAAGAGCAGCAGCGGCUGGGAAUCCCCAAAGAUCCCCAGCAGUGGACGGAGACGCACGUGCGGGACUGGGUGAUGUGGGCGGUGAACGAGUUUAGCCUGAAGGGAGUGGAUUUCCAGAAGUUUUGCAUGAACGGAGCUGCCCUCUGCGCCCUGGGCAAGGAGUGCUUCUUGGAGCUAGCGCCGGACUUUGUGGGAGACAUCCUUUGGGAACAUCUGGAGAUCUUGCAGAAAGAAGAGGUAAAACCCUACCCAGCAAAUGGAGUGAAUACGACAUAUCCAGAAUCCCGCUAUACUUCAGACUACUUCAUUAGUUAUGGCAUCGAGCACGCACAGUGCGUGCCCCCCUCCGAGUUCUCUGAGCCCAGCUUCAUCACAGAGUCCUACCAGACCCUCCAUCCCAUCAGCUCGGAAGAGCUCCUGUCCCUCAAGUACGAGAACGACUAUCCCUCAGUCAUCCUGCGCGACCCGGUCCCCACGGACUCCCUGCAGACAGACUACUUCACAAUCAAGCAAGAAGUAGUAACGCCAGACAACAUGUGCAUGGGACGCGCCAGUCGAGGUAAACUGGGUGGCCAGGACUCCUUCGAGAGCAUAGAGAGCUAUGAUAGCUGCGACCGGCUGACGCAGUCCUGGAGCAGCCAGUCCUCCUUCCAGAGCCUGCAGCGUGUCCCCUCCUACGACAGCUUUGACUCGGAGGACUACCCCGCUGCCCUGCCCAACCACAAGCCCAAGGGCACCUUCAAGGACUAUGUUCGAGAUCGGGCCGAUAUGAACAAGGACAAGCCUGUCAUUCCUGCUGCCGCCCUCGCUGGCUACACAGGCAGCGGACCCAUCCAACUGUGGCAAUUCCUGCUGGAACUGCUCACUGACAAGUCCUGUCAGUCCUUCAUCAGCUGGACGGGUGAUGGCUGGGAAUUCAAGCUUUCUGAUCCAGACGAGGUGGCCAGGCGAUGGGGCAAGAGGAAAAACAAGCCCAAGAUGAACUACGAGAAGCUGAGCCGCGGCUUGCGCUACUACUACGACAAGAACAUCAUCCACAAGACGGCCGGGAAACGCUACGUCUACCGUUUCGUCUGCGACCUGCAGAGCCUGCUGGGCUACACGCCCGAGGAGCUCCACGCCAUGCUGGACGUCAAGCCCGACGCCGAUGAGUGA